AUGGCGCCCGUUACGCUAGGCAAAUACCGCAGAGAAGCCGCGACAAGGCAGAUCAUAGCACCAAUCGGGCUAGCAUUCAGGCACGAGAGGAUGGACCGCGGGCGCCAGACACGGUCCAUGCAUUUCGUCCACAUCCCAAUGGCAGACGUCGCUGGCCUAUCCCACAGGCUGAUAUUCCUUCCGUCGACCCAGAUGACGAGCUUUUCGUCCGCCCAUGAGUGCCCAUGUAGAGCGCUGCUGACGUUUGUGCCUGAACCAGCUGCUUCGCACUCACAUGCGCAAGCUCGACAGGCUUCACAGGCUCCUUCACGCGAGCCGAGUGUGACGCGCGGACGCAUAGCUACCAGGGCGCCCGGCGUGCCCUUCCCCAGCAGCAGCAGCAGUAAUUCGAGUCCUGACGGGGCUUUCGAGCGCACUCUCGAACGCAAGCCCUCCCAGUCAUAUGCCCACAACCGCAACACCUCGAUCGUACAUGGCCAGGCACGGCAGCACUCACGCAACACGAGCUACGUGAACUCGCCGGCCACCAGCCCCCUCAGCGAGCAGGCGCAGGUCAUCGCAGGCCUCAAUGGAGCCGUCAUGUCGCAGGACACAAUAACGGCUGCGUUCACCGCGCGCGGCGUGACAGCCGGCGCAAGCGCCCAGGACGGCUUGCUGGCUGCCGGGCUUCCCCUCGCGCCUGGUGACAGCAGAGUGCAGCCCAAGCUUGAGCGUGCCGUCAGCAGGUCCUCUCGAAAGGGCCAUGUCCACCACCGCUCUCAGUCGCGCCACCACCAGCAUACACACGAGCUCAAAACCGUCGGCGAAUAUGCGCUGCACCACCUCUUCAACGCGUUCAUCAGUCAGGCCGACCAGAAGAUCAUUCAGUGCAUGACAGACCGGAGCCAGCCAGAGGCAGAGGUGGAGUUCAUCUGUGGUCCCGGAGUUGAUCCCAACUUCGACCAGCUCAUAGCGGCCCUUGGGCACAUUGCGCGGCAUAAGCCUAAGCCGUUGAUAGACACCAUCAUGCUUUGGCGCAAGGCCAAGAGCGAGGAGGCUUCCAAGUUACGAUCGCAGCUGCAGACCGCUCGGCAAGCCAAUGCGCCAGCACAUCCUCACCUGCUUCGUCGAAACACAGAAUCAAGCCAACAUCUGCCCGAAAACAUGUCGACGACUUCGAUAGCUGCUGGUGCUGAGCAGCUACUCGCUUUGCAAGAUACUGUGACACUGGCGGAGCAGCGAUCAACAGUAUCGACCUACAUCCUCUGUCGAGUGCUCAUCGAGAUCAUGAGCCAGACAGAUGUCCAGAACCUGACUGUUGAUAUGGCAGACCGCCUGCUUGGCCUCUUCUACGGACAGCUCAAUACCGUGGAUCCUGAACUAGUCGAGGUGUCCAACCUGAAUAAAGCUAAUUAUGGCGUCUUCAGCCAACUACUUGGUGUCCUCAGUGGACUCAUAUUCGAUCCGGUGCAGGAAAAGUUCAUCCUGGAUCUCAAAAGUAUCGACACUCAGCUCUCUGUCAAAGGACAGUACACACGGGACAUCGAGCAGAAAGGAGCCCAGCUCAUACGCGCUAUACGCUACCUUAAAGUCAAGACUUAUCCAGAAGAAGCAUGGGACCGCACCUGCAACUUCAUGCUUUCUCUUGCCAAAUUGUUUGUCAGCGCACACGGUCAUCCAAUGAAGUACGCCUUUUGUCAGGUGUUAAGAGAACUGCUACUACGGAUUGCAUCUAAAGCUACUGUCGAGAUUAGCUCACCUAAGUGGAAGCCAGUAGUCGACAUAAUGAGGCAGCGGGCUGCUGUGUUGCUCGGCAAACCGAAGCAUUGGCACGAGGCCUUCCCCUUAAUGACUGCCCUCCUCUGUGUUUCGCCUACGGAAACAUUCACUGCGCAGUGGUCUGCGCUCGCCCUAUCAACACAGCCACGACUCAAGGAGCGAGCAACUCGGCCAAUCGCCCUCCGGGGUAUCUGUCAAUUGGUGUGGACGUACUUGUACAGGAAAGGACCUGAUCCGUCGACUAUUGCAGUGCGCAAGCUCGAAGACAUAGUUCGAAUGAUCUUCCAAUCUGGAAGACGAUCGUAUCUCUCAACCGAGCCCGCCAUCGCUGAACCUCUCAUCCAAUUGACAAGGAUUAUCGGGUAUAAGUAUCAAGAUCUCUGCUUCAAAACCAUCAUAUUUCCAUUGCUCAACGCUGAGAUGUUCGCCUCCGGUCGAGACCUUCGUGUGGAGAAUCUGGAACCCGAUCGAAUGGUCUUGGGCAUUCGCUCUUUCCUCGCAAUCAUGGCAGACUUGGAGAAUUCAGAACAGCCACCGUUCCCAAUUUCCUUCAACUACGACCCCAAUACUAUCCUCCCGGAACUCCCGGUGCUCCCAGUCAGUCCACGACCUACCCAAAACCUUCCCAUCAAGUCAACACUCCUGAAGGAAGAGCGCCUGUCACGGCCGGUCAACUUCAGUGGUUUUGCUGAGGUGGCGAAGGAGUCUUACGUGCGAUUUUGUAAAAUCUUGGGUGAGAUCACAAUUAUUUGCGACAACGCGUUUGGAGGACAGGCGGUACUGGACGAAAAGUUCUCCCUUCAGACACCAAAGACACCUAUGGCUGAGGCGUUCAGCUUUAGCCGCAGGGAGGAUCAUCAAGGCUCUGGCGAUCCCAGACAAGGCUUCUACGAUCUCUUGCAUGUUGCGGUGCAAGCUUUGCCGCGAUGCCUGUCACCGCAUAUUCCUUUCAACUCACUGGUCAACCUGUUAUGUACGGGCACUGCACAUGUACAGAGUAACAUUGCAGUGUCAUCGGCUCAGUCGUUGAAGUCAAUUGCCCGCCAGUCACACGCCCAGCAAGUAACGAUUGGUUUUGCUCGAUUUAUCUUCAACUUUGAUGAUCGUUACGCCACAAUGUCAGACGGCGGUAUGCUCGGGGCUGGACACAUAGAGAGCACAUUGAAGCUUUACGUUGAGCUACUCGAGAUCUGGAUCGAGGAGAUCAAGCAGAAGGUUCGCAAGACAGCACUUGACACACCCGAAGAGGGGACUGGCAGCAGGGCAGCCCUUCUGGACCUUUCGUCGGUAUGGACGCACGUCGAAGAAGUCGAGUCGCACGGCUUGUUCUUUCUGUGUUCACCUUCACGUCGCGUGCGCUCAUACGCAGUCACUGUUCUACGGCUCAUUACCGAGUUUGAUACGGCACUGGGAGCCACGAAUACUCGUAUAAUACGUGUCAUGGAGGGUAGUCCCGAGAAGGUCAUGGACAUCAGCGACGAGAAACUAUCCCUCGCUGAGCGAAGUCGACUCCAGCGUGGCAUGCGUAAGAGCAAUGUCCAGAGCACCUUGGUGGAGUUGUGCAGCAGCGACGUGCCCUACGACUCCACACUCUGGUUCAAGAUUUUCCCAAAUCUGGUGCGCAUCAGCUUUGAAGUCUGCCCAUUUGCCGUCACCCUUACUCGCGACAUUGUUUGUGCAAGACUCACCCAAAUGCAUAGAACGUUACUCACACUGGGCGAUGGACCACGCACCACGCCCUACUCACCUUUCGAGUCGGGAAGCGUAAGCAGGAUUACAAACCGUCUCGCUUCCACAUCACCAGAGAUCGUCAUCGAACAAUGGAAGCUGUACCUUAUCUUUGCCUUCACGACCUUGACAUACACUGGACAGGGUGGCACAGUGGCACCGAGCCAGAUGUCUCAACAUUCGCGAAACAGUUCAAAGUCAUCGCAGAAUACUACGAACAAGCUACAUACCGCUAGUGAGCUGUUUGCAAAAGUACUUCCCGUAUUGUCUGUAGACAACAGUGCCGUGCGGGAAGCGGCCGUGAUUGGUCUCGGAUCGAUCAAUCUCAACCUCUAUCGAACGUUACUGGAGUCUUUACAGGGGAUCGUCGCUGCAUGUGCUGAAGAGGCAAAGACCCGAUUAGGAGCACACACCAGAACACUGAGCAGCCCGGAAAGGAAUCGGCGCACCGAUCAUUUGCGCACCGAGAUCACUCACGUGUACAAGCUCACUUCCCAGUUCUUGCGACUCCCGGAAGGAUACAACGAUGCGUGGAUCGUCAAUAAUCUCGUCAACUACACCAAAGACCUGAGGAUCUUUUUGAGCGAUGCUGAAGUCCAGAACGAAUGGGGCUUCCAAAAAUUGCGCACACACUACUGCGGUCUCGUAGAAGUGCUAUUCGAGGGCAUAAAUCGAACGAGCGAUCCUCUCCAGUGGAUGCCAUUUCAAGCUCGUAAGGCAGCAUUUACGCUUAUGGAGGACUGGUGUGGCUACUCGGCCAAUCAACCGCAGAUCCGCCAACGAGAGGAGAAUAUGCGCAGGUCCAUGCUGAACCGAGAAGUCGACAUAGGCAACAAGGGUAUCGCCACGGCAGCUAUGGAGAUCGAGAAGCGAGAUCUUCGAACAGCAGCACUUAGCGCCAUGGCUGCGUUAUGUGGCGGUCCAGUCAGCAUUACAACUGACAGCAAAGUGCUGAUGCAGUUCGACGUCCGCCGAAUGCUGUCCUGGAUAGACAGCAUUUUUGAAACUCCCAGCGACCGCACACACGCCAUCGGUCGGCGAGCGCUGAUGAAUCUCAUCAUCCACAAUCGCGAGCAUCCCUACCUCCUGGAUCGUGCGAUCGAGAUGUGCUAUCUGUCCAAGUCAUCAAAGGCAUUGGACAGUUACUUCGAAGUGGUCACGCAAGUUUUAACGCAACGAGAAGAGUAUACUUUGCCGUUCUGGAAAGUGCUCAGUGCAGGUCUUUAUACGCUUGGGCACGAGAAGAGCGGGAUUCGAGUAAAGUCGUCUCGCUUGUUGCGAACUUUGGAAGGCCGAGAACAGAAGAACUCCAAACUGCAAGAUCUGGACAUCAGUAUCUCGGACAAGACGAUUGCUGUGUAUAAACUAGCCCAGUUCGAGACGUCGCGCCGACUUGCAAAGCAGCACUCGGAGCUCGCCUUUCUCGUUUUCUCGCAAUUUUCAUACUAUUUCAAGGAACUACAGCCGGACCAUCAACGGAACAUGGUCGCUGCAAUGCUACCUUGGAUCCAGACAAUCGAACUUCAGGUGCAGCCAGGUGGUGGACCUACGGCUAAUUCGUACAUGCUGCUGGUCAACCUCUUCGAAAUCACCGUUCGCUCAGGCAACGCUCUCCACAACGAGAUCCAGGCCCUUUGGCAGGCUCUGGCUACUGGACCUUACGGAGGCAAUGUCCAAUUGAUCCUCGACUUCGUCAUCAACCUGUGCUUAGAUAAACGAGAACAGAACUAUGUCGACUUCUCGAAGCAGAUCGUCGUUCAUUUGUCCAGCACGCCGGCAGGACAGAAAGUUGUCGAGUUCCUGCUCCUUCAGAUCAACCCGCGCUCACUAGUAAGCGAGAAGCGCGAACCAGUACCGCCACCAGCAGACGCUGUGAACCUACCGUAUCUCGCCGAUCUCAAUGCUUUACUACCCAGCAGCAACAAGCAGGCAAGUUCUUUUCUACUACGUCUUGUACUUAGGCUGACUCUUUCAGUCUGGCUUCGCCCUCGGCCAGUUGAGCUUGCGAGCGAACAUGUGCCUUUGCUGCUGCAAGUUGUCCUCGUUCUUUGGGAUCACUACACACCAGUGGUACAGGACCAAGCCCGAGAGAUGCUUGUACAUCUCAUACACGAGCUUGUCAUCUCGAAGAUCGAAGACGAUACCCUGGGUAUUGACAAGCGCGCCAUCGAAGACUUCGUCGAGAACAUCCGCCAGCACGAUGCUAAGGUCGUUUGGAACUACGACGAUAACGGCAAAGAGGUGGAAGACUCCAGCACCAAGGUGCCUGAGUCUAUGGAGUAUGUUUCGGGCGAAGUUUUGAAAUUUUUUACCCUUGCCUACCCCGGACUCAGAGACGCAUGGGGAAGGGUAGCGCUCAACUGGGCUACCUCGUGUCCGGUUCGACAUCUUGCAUGUCGAUCCUUCCAAAUCUUCCGCUGCAUCCUGAGUUCGCUCGAUCAGCAGAUGCUAUCUGACAUGCUCGCACGACUGUCCAAUACUAUCUCGGACGAAGAGAGCGACAUUCAGACUUUCUCGAUGGAGAUCCUAACGACCCUACGCGCCAUCAUCGAAGCUCUGGUACCAGAGGAUCUCAUCCAGUAUCCUCAACUCUUCUGGACAACCUGCGCUUGUCUCGACACCAUACACGAAGGCGAGUUCAUGGAGAGUCUGCAGAUGCUGGACAAGUUCCUUGACAAGCUUGAUCUCGGCGACGCUGCAGUCCUCCAGGUACUCGAGGACAGUUGCCCCGAAAAGUGGGAGGGCAACUUCGAAGGUCUCGCCCAGCUGACCUUCAAGGGCAUACGAUCAAGCACCUGUCUGGACCACGCUUUACGCAUCAUGGAUAGACUGGUUGUACUACCAUCGAGUCGAAUCGUCGGAGAUGACACACGACUGGUGUACACCAUCCUUGCUAACUUGCCAAGAUUCAUACGAUCUUUCGAGACCAUCAAAAGGGACCCCGGCGUCAAAGCCACUGCCGAGAUCCUGGCUCGUGUGGCCGAGGAGCAGUAUCAGUGCACCACACUUGCCGAUGCGCUCACUUCCUUUGCGAUGAAACGUUACCGACAAGAGACAGACUUCCUAUCUCAGACCCUGUCUGCCCUUGGAUCCGCCUACUUCCCCGAUCUUGAACUCGGCAGUCUAAUUUUCCUGCUCAGUCUUCUCACGAACAAGAUCGAUUGGAUGAAAAUCAACACCAUGGAGGUGCUCUGCAUUCUGAUACCGGAGAUUGAAAUGCGCAAACCAGAGAUAGCUUCUAAGGGCCCGGAUCUCAUUUCCCCCUUGCUGCGACUGCUACAGACUGAAUUUUGUCCACAAGCACUACGCGUACUCGACUUCGUCAUCAAUCUCAGCAUGACCAAUGCCCCGACGCCAUUCGAGAAGCAGCACAUCCGCAUGAGCAUGGCUGGAUCACACUCGACUAGAGGUUAUAAGAAGCAGUUUGAGAAGACACAAUCGCUGUACGGAAUUCCAGAAGAGAGCGGGUGGUCGAUACCGAUGCCGGCCCACCACUCGCACCUGACUAGAGCCAAUGUGCAUGCCGUCUUCUACACUUGCGGUAACCUCGAGGGUAGCGAUGCUCCUGAGUCGGCGACUCCGAAGAUCGAGUUCCGCGCAGAUGAGUUCCCCUUCAGUCCAUUGUCAGACUACCGCACAGCAACCAUGACCUCUGAAGACACACGCGGUGAAGGCCAUAUCGGUGAUCUUGUCAUGAAGCUAGACAGUCUGGACGACUUCUUCGAUGACGACGAUGAUGAUGACGAUAACGAGACGCUCACCGAUCUCCCCAACUUCACCUCGAGCCAUUACCACGUCAAUGGCUCUUACAAUAAUAACAUGCUAAACACACGAGAGAAUCUCUACGACCAACAGACCGCACCGAUACUCCUGAAGUCUUUGACACGCAACGCAAGCGUCACAUCUUUUCAAUCGGGGUUCAGCACCGAUCAUGUCAAGCUGUCUCCUGCACGAGAUCCAGGCGUUAUGACACCAGGUGCUUUCAGCUCCUUCAACUCAACACCGACCGCCCCUGGACCCACAAGCGCCCCUCGCCCCGGUCUGCACGCUCGGUCCGUUACGUCCCCGUCCGCCCCCAAUCAAGGCUCGCGCAUCUCUCCCUCGCUCUCCUCAACCGUCAUAGAUGAAAUCGGCGAAUCCUUCUCUGACGAUGACAUUCGCCUGACAAGCGCAGACCGUACCUUCAGCCUCGAGAAUAUGGCCAAGCCUGUCGCGCACAGCACAGGCAGCCGGAUACGGAAUGGCAUGCGAAGGCUUACUGGCGGCGGAGGAGAUGGCAAGGAGGGAACGAAGACAAGAGAAGCUAUCAAGCUGGCGCUGCAGAAGAGUCCGCAGGUGCCAAAGGUGCCAGAUAUUUAUCUGCAUAACCCGAAGAGCAAUGACUUAUAG